AUGUCAGGACCCAUCAAGUGGGUGCUUCUCUUUCUUUCUACCACUCAGUUUGUUCUGGGAAUGCUGGUGAAUGUCUUCAUUGUGCUUGUCAAUGGCAGCGGCUGGGUCAAGAGCAAGAAAAUCUCUUUAUCUGACUUCAUCAUCACUAACCUGGCUCUCUCCAGGAUUGUUCAGCUGUGGAUUCUCUUGUUUGAUUGUGUAAAAGAUAUAUUUUUUCGCAGUCUAUUUAAUAAUGGGGCAUUAAUUCAAGUUAUUGAUAUUUUCUGGACAUUUACAAAUCAUCUGAGCAUUUGGCUUGCCACCUGUCUUGGUGUCUUCUAUUGCCUGAAAAUCGCCAAUUUCUCCCACCCCACAUUCCUCUGGCUCAAGUGGAGAGUUGCCAGGGUCGUCGUAUGGAUGCUAUUGGGUGGGCUGCUCUUCUCAUGUAGUGAUGCCAUGUCUCUGAUUCUACAGUUUAAGAUGUAUUAUGUUCUCCAGAGAGCUGAUGACUGGGGGAAUGUGACUGAGCACUUUAGAGAGCUAAGGAAUGAAUAUGAGGUGAUCCAUGUUCUUGGGACACUGUGGAACCUCCCUCCCCUAAUUGUGUGUUCGGCCUCCUACAUUCUGCUCAUCCUCUCCCUGGGGAAGCACACGCGGCAGAUGCAGCAGAGCAGAACCAGCGCCAGCGACCCAAGCUCCGAGGCUCACAAGAAGGCCAUCAAAAUGGUCCUCUCCUUCUUCUUUCUCCUCCUGUUUUACUUCCUUGCCUAUUUACUCACAUCAUCCCAUUAUUUCCUACGAGGAACUGGAAUGACUAAGCUGAUUUCAGAAGUAAGUACCAUGUUUUAUCCUGCCUGCCACUCGUGGAUUCUCAUUCUGGGAAACAGUAAGCUGAAGCAGACGUUUGUGGAACUGCUCUGGUGUAAGUCUGGUCAUCAGAAGCCUGGAUCCAAGGAGCACUUUUCCCCAUAA